AGAAGGCAAGUCGGUCUGUGUGUCAAGGCCGUGGUAGUGGUGUUGCUAAAAGACACACGUACACUCUCACCUGUCCUGGCCCCGCGCCGCCGCCCCGCACCACCAGUGUUACCUGCACGCCGCGACGCGCAGCCACGCAACAGUCCGCGGCGGGAACAUCGAAAUAGCGAGGAAACAGUGCCGCGUGAACAAGGAAACUAAGACGGCUUUCUAUCUUUAUUUGAUCAACUUAGUGUCGGGUUCUUUCCUCGUCGUCUGCAACGCAAUCGGCUCUCUACGCAACAGUCCGCGGCGGGAACAUCGAAGUAGCGAGGAAAGGAUAGUUAACAGUGCCGCGUUAACAAGUAAACUAAGACGGCUUUCUGUCUUUAUUUGAUCAACUUGGUGACGGGUUCUUUCCUCGUCGUCUGCAACGCAAUCGGCUCUCUACGCAACAGUCCGCGGCGGGAGCAUCGAAGUAGCGAGGAAAGGACAGUGAACAGUGCCACGUGAACAAGUAAACUAAGACGGCUCUCUAUCUUCAUUUAAUCUACUUGUUGUCGGGUUUUGUCGUCUGCAACGCAAUCGGCCCUCUACGCAACGGUCCGCGGCGGGAGCAUCGAAGUAGCGAGGAAAGGAUAGUAAACAGUGCCACGUGAACAAGUAAACUAAGACGGCUCUCUAUCUUCAUUUGAUCUACUUGUUGUCGGGUUCUUUCCUGGCCGUCUGCAACUCAGUCGGCCCUCUACGCAACAGUCCGCGGCGGGAGCAUCGAAGUAGCGAGGAAAGGAUAGUAAACAGUGCCACGUGAACAAGUAAAGUGGCUGAAGAAAAAUACUAAGACUGCUCUCUAUCUUCAUUUGAUCUACUUGUCGUCGGGUUCUUUCCUCGUCGUCUGCAACGCAAUCGGCUCUCUACGUAACAGUGCCGCGCGGGAACAAGGGAAGUAGCGGGAGACUGGCGGUGGUAGCAAGACGCCUUCAGGAUUCAGCUUGAUCUAACUUAUCCGCGGCGGGAACAAGCGAACUAGCGAGGAGACUGACGGUGGUAGCAAGACGCCUUCAGGAUUCAGCUUGAUAUAACUUAUCCGCGGGGGGAACAAGGGAAGUAGCGAAGAAGAGGAGACAACCAAGACUCGGACUAAAUGGGAUCUUGUUAUCGGCUACUUUCCCAACGGUGCCGCGGCGGGGACAAGCCAAGUGGAAACCAGAACUCGGACUACAUGGGAUCUUACUCGGUAUCGGCUACUCUCCCAGCGGUGCCGAGGCGUGAACAAGCCAAGUGGUGAAGAGGAAAACUAAGACGGUCGGUGGUAAGAGGAAAAGAAUCUCAGGAAAAAGGAAAAAAAGUGUCCCUCAAGUAUCCACGCCGCGCCGCUGAAGGUAUCGCCGCCGAACUAUUGCCAUGUGCCGCUGUUGUUGUUGUUGUUAGUAUUGUUGUUGUCAAGAUGUUCGGAGCGUUCGGGCCUCGCGUGCCUGUGCCUAUGUUCGUCCCGCCCCGGCCAGGUCUCCAGUUCCUGCCCUGCUACUGGCCGCUGCACCCCUGCCUGCCACACCUGUCUCUGGGAUAUCUGACAGUCACAACGCCACAGCCACCUCAGAGACCCUGGAUUCAUCUCGGGGAACCGGACCGAACCAAACCAUCCUGCAUCUUCACGGUGAUGUGCUACAACGUGCUGUGCGACAAGUACGCCACGCGGCAGAUGUACGGCUACUGUCCCUCCUGGGCGCUGGAGUGGGAGUACCGCAAGAAAGGCAUCAUGGACGAGAUCAAGCACUACAUCGCUGACAUAAUAACACUACAGGAAGUCGAAACGGACCAGUUCUUCAACUUCUUCCUGCCAGAACUCAAGAAUGAAGGCUAUGACGGGAUCUUCUCGCCCAAGUCCCGCGCCAAACACAUGUCAGAAAACGAAAGGAAAUACGUUGAUGGUUGUGCCAUCUUCUGGAGAACUAGCAAGUUCAGCCUGAUCAAAGAGCGGCUGAUUGAGUUCAACCAGCUGGCCAUGGCAAAUCAUGACGGCUCAGAAGACAUGCUGAACAGAGUCAUGACCAAAGACAACAUCGGCUUGGCGGCCCUGCUGGAGACCAAGGAGGCGGCGUGGGAGAACUCAG